AUGAACCAGACGACCGACGCAGAUAUCAAGGAUUUGCUAGAGGAUAUAUGUUACAAGUAUAUUGGGCCUGUACUUUGUGUGUUUGGUAUAAUUGGGAACAUCAUAAACUUGAUUGUGUUAUCGCGCCAGCAGCUUGUAGAAUCGCCGUAUAUCUACCUGAAGGCACUGGCAGUGACAGACAUGUCGGCCCUUCUCUUCUCAUUCCCCUUUAUGGUGGUAUCGCGAGAGGCCAUCACCCUUUCGUCUAAGUGGUACAACGCCUAUGUCUUCCUACCCGUCGUAAACUUCUUCACUGCUUCCAGCAUUUGGAUAACUGUUGUUAUGACCAUAGACAGAUUUAUAUUCGUGAAAUUUCCAAUUUGGGCAAGAUGGCGGUGUAGUCGGUUCAGUGCGCAGGUGCGAGUUUGGAUAAUUCUCGUAGCAACUGUUCUCAUAAGUGUGCCAAGAUUAUUCUGUUACAAAGUGGUGCCUAUAAGUGUGGCCAACGCGAAUGUGACAGUGACCGACUUACAAGGUUACAGGAUUAAACCUACUGACUUCCGGCGGAGUGAUUAUUAUCAGGCCAUGAACAUCGCUCUCAUCAUACUCAUACAUUUUUUGCCGCUCAUUAUUCUGUGUGUUAUCAACAUUUACCUGGUCAUAGCCGUGCAACAAGCACGCAUUGCACGUGAGGAGUUAAAUCUUAGAAGCAAUAUGGAGUCAGAGUGGCAAAAGGAUCAAAGACGGUUCACUAUCACUCUAAUAAGCAUUGUUCUUUUAGCUAUUGUUUCCAUCCUACCCGCCGCUAUAUGUGAUCUCAUGGUUGAGAUGAAUUUUGGGCUUAAAUACUCAAAACUCAUGCAGAUAAUAUCUAAUCUACUUAUGUGGCUUAACUUAUCAAUGAAUUUCAUCAUGUACUGUGCGUUUAAUAAAAAGUUUGUGCGCGUUUUAAAGGACGUAAUGGGACGAAGUAUUUAUCGAUUUCGGUACUCACUUAAAAGUGUACGUGAUCAGAGUGAAAUGACAACUAUAUAA